ACUUGACACCGGUCUUCGCGCUCCUCGGGUCUGCAGCGUCUGCAGUCGCUCGUACCGGAGACACCAUAGCGCUGGAUUCAAGUGUUAAGCCAGUUGUCUGAUUGAAGACACCCGGAUCCUACAGGUAGGAUUGAAUACUGCAGGGAUGGGCCGUGAUCUGGAUGGCUGAGGGACCGCAAUUAGGACCAAUCACAUAAUAAGAUGCUGGCUCGUAACCGCUUCCUCCUUCUGGUAGUGGUGGGCGGGGCUGCACUGGCCAUCAUCAGCCUGAGCCUCCAGUUCUGGAACCUGAUCCCCACCACUCCCAUACUGGAGGAGCGACCCUUCCAGGCUGCAGAUGGAGGUGGUGGGGUGGCGCUGGGGAAGAGCAGAAAGAGAGUGUUCCCGGUGCCACACACCCAGGAGCCUAACCCCAUAUCUGAGGCUUACAGCUACUGCAACACUCCCAACCGCAGUGAACAGGCCUGGGAGGGUCACAGUCCUGCUGACUACAAGCUGCUGUCUGUACAGGUGAUGAUUCGCCAUGGUGACCGCUACCCACUCUACUACAUCCCCAAGACCAAACGGCCCGCCAUCGACUGCACCUUGUCCAUCAGCAGGAAGCCUUCCCACCCCCUGCUGAACCCCUUCAUCCAUCACAUGGCCCUGGGAGGUCGGGGCCACUGGAAGUCUACACUGGCCUCUGUUCCCCGUCUGCCCAACCACAGUGCCUGUGAGAUGGGAGAACUCACGCAGACAGGUGUGGUGCAACACCUGCGCAAUGGGCAGCUCCUCCACCAAGCCUACAAGCGUCACAAUCUUCUCCCCUCCGACUGGUCGCCCCGCCAGGUUUGGGUUGAGACCACAGGUAAGAGCCGCACUCUCCAGAGCGGACUGGCCUUCCUCUACGGCUUCCUCCAGGACUUUGAUUGGACGAAACUGACCAUACGGCACCAGUGGAGCACGUUGUUCUGCGGCUCGGCCUGCGACUGCCCCGCCAGAAACCGAUACUUGGAGGAAGAGCAGAGGAGGCAGUACCGCCUCAGAGUAAGUGAUACCGAACUCGAGAGGACUUACGCCGAUAUGGCACGCACUUUGGGUCUGCUCAACCGCCAGCUCAGAGCAGCAAACCCCAUAGACUCCCUGCUGUGCCACCUGUGUCACGGCAUUUCUUUUCCUUGUGUUCCCAUGUCAAAUGGCACCAGUGGAUGUUUGACAAUGGCACAGUUUGCUGUGAUUCGUCGACAGCAGCUAGAUGAUGAGGUGGACCGGAGAAGAGUGGGGCUAUACCGUAAAUAUGCCACCCUGGCCAUGUACCCCUACCUCAACCGAACUGCUGCCAAGAUGGAGCGUGUUGCCAAGGACAAUGAGGCUGACCAACCACGUCGUGCGGGGAGUGAGGAGGUCUUCACCCUGUCCUCAGCUCACGACGUUACCAUGGCCCCAUUGCUAAGCGCCCUGGGACUGGAGGACGCACGCUUCCCUCGUUUUGCAGCAAGAAUAGUCUUUGAACUGUGGAAGAGUCCCCCAGCCAUGCAAGGACAACCGAAGAAGAGAGCUGGCAAAGGCGAGAAGUCUAAGGCGAAAGACGGGGAACUGUUCAUCAGGGUGCUGUACAAUGGCGAGGAUGUGACAUUUCACACCACCUUCUGUCGCUCCCACGAACGCCACGCCAGCCAGCCCCUCUGCCCUCUGAAGAACUUCCUGUCUUUUGUCAGGAGAGACAUGUUCAGUGUUGUCAACGCUACUUCCUACCAGGAGGCCUGCUACAGGCGCCCUGGUUGACAGAUGGACAGGACGAUGACUGAGUAAGGAUGCAGAGCUGGCAGAUGGUUGUAAUUCUCUUUCUAUUUUUCACUUUUGGAAAUGAUGCACUUUUAUGCUGCUUAGUGUCCUAAAAUUUCACAUAUUUUUAAAAGUAGUCAUUUACAUUCCUGAGCACAAAGUGAGUGGUAAACACACACACAGUACUGUACGUCAUAUCAGAUUUUUUACCUUUUUACAAGCUUCUUUUGAAUUCUGAAAGGCAUGUUUUGUGAGAUGUAACAAAUAGGCAAUCCAAGGGAAGUUGUAUGGCACUUAGCCACUUUAUUCCUAAAUUCCAUAAUACCAUGGAAUUGUAAAAUUCCAUUAUUCCCAAAUGUACGCAAGAAAAUGGAAUAUUGAAGCUGGAAAUAUAAUGUUGGAUUAAUCAUUCCUGAGAAAUAUUUUGUGUAUAAUUAAUCUUUUCAAUGAAAACUACACUUUAGGCUAGUUGUGGCCACAUUACUCACUAUGACUCAUUUGUUACAUAGUAUGUCUCUGGGUUUUAAUGUUUAUUCAUUGCAGUAGGCAAUCUGUUUAAUGAUGAGGCUUACUUUUUUUUUGCGGUACUUAGAAAGUAACAAGGGAUUGGUCUUUUCUUUCCUUACAUUUAUUUACAACUACAGAACAUCUGUAUAUAUAUGAAUUGGUGAUAUAACUGAUCACAUUCCACUUUUUGAUUUUGCUUGUAGCAAACUGAAUCUAAUAAAGGUUUAUUGUGGGCAGA